CCCUGAAGAUCUCCUACUAUUUUCUCCUAGAAAAUUGCUAGCUAUCUUCCCCUUUUUCAAUCCAAUCCCUCCUUUCAUCUUCUACCAUCAUCACCCAUCCUCUUUAAUUUUUUCACAUCUUGUUAUUUUCCCACUAACCAAUGCAUCCUUUUGUCUCAGAAUCUAUUCGCAUGCUUCGUGUCCUUAGUAAAGCAACCAUGGCAACAAUGAUAAGGUGAAUAUUUAAUAAGGCAUUAAGGAUACAUCCCACACAAUUAUUAUAAUGAGAAGACCAAGAUUCUCAAGAAUGUGAGGGUGAGAAAGAAAUUAAUGGGUUCAAGGAGGUGAGCUUCAAUGGUGGGUUGGGAUUCAAAAAGGAUUUGAGGUGUAGGGAUCCCUCCUCAAAUCUCAGUCAAACAGAGAUUGUUAAGAAUGAGGCCUUGAAUUGCACGAAGUGUUUAAAACUGCAUGAGAGGUGCCAACAACUUCAUGCUAAAAAAGCAACAGAAAGAAGCAGGUAAGUGGGUUCUUUGCCCUUUGUUGCCGCUCCAUCGGCCGUUCCCUCUAUUUUCUCCAGUGAUUAUCUUCCUCUUGUUCUUCUCUACUUUCCUUGCUCUAAAUCUGCCCCUCUUCUGUCCACUACUCUGAUUUCCAAACUUUAGUUCCUUUAUUUCUUCUUUGAUCUCCUCUAUUCCUCUGUAGAUCCAACCUCUUGUCUCAAACCUUUCCCUUUUCUUCUAUCCUCUGCUUUCAUCUUCCUGCAGCUCUAACACCAUAUACUCAACUUUCUAGUGUCUUGUGAUGGCCAAGAAAAGAAACGGAAGAAAAUUUGGGUUGAUCACUAGUUGAAGGCCAAACCCAAAUCUGCACCAAAUAGGGGAGUAAGGACAGAUUUGCUCCUCAACAAAAAUAGAACAAAUUGCCUCUUCAAUUUGUCAAUUGAGACAAAUAAUCUAUUAGUUUAACAAUUGACAUCAUCACUUGUCAAAAAUCUGAUUGCACCUAAGCUUGUCUUCAACUGAAAGCUAACACGUGAUGACGUUAGCCAUUAAAGGAAUUGGUUAUUUGUUUUUAUUGACAAUUUGAAAGAGUAAUUUGUCCCUGCUUUUUCUUGAAGAGCAGAUCAGUCCUUGCAGCCCUAUUUGGGGGGUGAAUUAGUUGAAUGGAUCCUCUUUUUUUUUUUUUGGAUAAAAUGUAAAAUCUUUAUUUAUCCAGUAACUGUAAUAUACAUGAGCAACAAUUUACUGCUACAACCAAUCAAAUAAUACUCAGCACAACUCUGCUAUACUCAAAUCUUUACAACAGCCUCAAUCCCCCUUGAAUGGAUCCUUAAGUCACAACAUUGCGGAGAUUGUACUAACUUAUCUCAAGUAAAUUGAUAGGUGUCCAGUUGAGCUAGAAUGUUCAACCAAAAGAGUAUAUGAAUGGUAACAGUUCUUUUAGAGAUUGUCUUGUGAUACUUUCACUACCUUUCUUUGGUGUUGAAAUGACGUUGAAAUUAGUCUACUUUUUAUUUUCUUUUUGGUAGUUCGUGCUUUAAAAUGUAUUAUGUUUGGUUAUGAGAUUUCAUUUAAUAAGGCUCUUCUUGUUUUGUAGAUCCUGUUUGACUUUCUAAUGAUAAAUAAAUUUUACUUUAAUUA